CGCCAACCUUGAUCGCUCGCACACACCCUCGCUGCGCACUGUUGUUUGUCUAGUCUCACCUCUCACUGCCCGGGCCUCACGACCGCUUUCACGACCCGGGGAAGAUCAGUUGCUCGUCACUGACUAUUGUACAUCACGGAUGGGGAGGAUGGUGGAGGAGAUCAUGGUCUAGCCACGAACCGCACUCGACACGACGCCCGCUGCGAACGAACGAUUUAUGACCUUCCCGACGACCACGAACCGAUAUUCUUAUGAAGAGGCAGUCACUACCGUGGGGCCUGCUGGCUCUGUCGCGUGUAGUUCUGGCCGAUGUAUCAUUACCCUACAAUCCGACAAGCGUAUUGCGGUCGCGGAAUUCGACGACAGCAUACAUCCUGCGAAGCUCAUCACGCAAUCCCAAUCAGGCGGUACUGCAGAGCAUCGACGUCUCCGAAACGGUCUCAGGCAAUGACGCCUCACCCUCGACUCUGUCGCAGAGUUUGCCAUUUCUGAACGAUGAAUCGCAAGUGCCGUAUCUGCCCAUCAUCGACGAGUAUGGGAACAUCACAGUCAUUGCAGGAGACUGUGCAGAAGGUGCAGAUAGCACAACCAUAUGGAAGUGGGCUGGGGAAUGGAAGAAGCAUACCACGACAGCGCAACUCGGCGCAUUCGCGAACUUGACAGGCGUCAAUUACCUGGGCAAUGGUGUGGCAUUUUCAGCCGACGUGGGAAACUCAGAAACACAGCUGGAGUUCUUCGUGUUCGGCGGCAUGUGUCCAGCAAGUAACAGCACAGCGGCAUCAUGGCAAAAUGAUGCUCAGUACUCGCAGUCGAUGCUGGUGUACAAUGCAGGAGGUGCGACAGGCGGCAAUGAGAACACUUACAGCGUCAGCGCGUCGGCCGCUCGAGGACCACCCAUCGCUGAAGCUGGUUUCACCAUGACUGGCCUGCCACCCACUUACCGAGUCAACGCUACUGGGGCAGCACAGACGCAACAGCAGGACUUCUUGCUGCUGGGUGGGCACACACAAAAUGCCUUCCUGAACACUUCACAAGUAGCGCUCUUCUCGCUCCCGCAAAAUAGCUGGUCAUAUCUCCCAGUGCAACAACCUGCACCAGGACGUACGGAUCUUGCCGCGCGAGCUUCGGACGUAACUCUCGUCGAGCCUCGCUCCGGACAUACGGCGGUAUUGUCGGAGGACGGAAGCCAGAUCAUUGUCAUUGGAGGCUGGGUAGGCGACAUCACCAACCCAGCUGACCCCCAAGUCGCCUUUCUCAAUUUGGGUUCCGAAUAUGGUGGCGAUGAUCAGCUGGCUUGGACGUGGACUGUACCGAGUCAGGCAACAGGUGGUAUCGCGAAGAACACCGGAAUCUACGGGCAUGGCGCGACUAUGCUCCCCGGUGGAGUGGUUAUGAUUGUGGGCGGCUUCAUAAUUCCAGCUCCUGCUUCUUCGAGAUUUGCCAAACGGCAAGCGCAGUCCAAUGACCAGGUCUUGCUAUACAACACGACCUCGAAUGCAUGGAUCAGCUCAUAUACGAACCCGGUCGGUGCCAGUGAGACAAAGUCCGAAGGCGGAGCUUUGAGCAAGACAUCGCAACAAGCAGGCCUCGGGCUCGGGCUCGGACUGGGUGUGCUCGUCCUCGUCAUAUUGAUCCUUGCUUACUUCUGGUAUGCGAGACGACUAAAGCAAAAGCGCGAACAGCAAGAGCAAGCGCUCGUUCAUUCAGCAGGUGGAUCAUUCCUCGCACUAGACCAACCGUACCUCGACCAUGGAGAUGUACAUGAUCGUCGGCAAGGACCAUACGCCGCCAUUGAUGAUGGACCACCGGAGAUGCAGCAUGCAGCGUCUACAGGAUUGUUCGUCAAUGUUCCAAGUCCAACAAGAGGUCUUCGAAAUGGACUUGCCACACGCCCGUACUCAUACCACCAAGCACCCCGAUAUGACGAGGUGCGCGUCAGCAAAGGGAGCGGCAACAUUCAUCCCAUCCUUGAGCGUCAAGACGAAGACGAUCUUGAGCGAGGGGGUAAUGUGCGCAACCCAUUCUCGGAUCCCGCUCAUGGACCCGAGCCUGGCCCGUCACACGACAGAUUUAGCAACGCUGAGGCAAAGCUUCAGGAGUUACAACGCGUGCUCAAUUCUGGUACUGGAUAUGCUCCCAUCAACGAUCCAUUCAAGGACCCGCACCCAAAUCCGCUAGGCAGUAACCCAAACUCACCGCGAUCUCCGAACGCUGCAGAAACAUUACGAAUCGUUCCAGCUUACGUUCCGCGCUCCCAUCUUGUGGAACGAAAACCCGUGCCAUCAGCCAAAGACCAAAAUUGGUUGGUAGUGGAGGACGAAGAUGAUGAGCCUCCAGCCCCAAUGCCUGGACCAGCAUCCGGAUCGUCUUAUUGGAAUGGCCGCGCCUCACCUACCAAGAGUGAUGACCGGACAUCAUCCACCUUGAGUGAUCGCUCGACCCGAUCACAUGCUUCCACAUCAUCCAUCACGCGAACAAUGUCGACACGCACGGGAGCUCUCCUAGCCGCAGCACUGGCAAGGCGAGAAGCGGAACAAACUCCAGGCACAACACCGAUGGAGGGACGAACGGCGACGAUGUCCACUACUGAAUCGAGUGGAGGGCGAAAAUCACCAUACUACUUCUAUGGAGCUCACACAGAGUCUCAGAGGCAAUCAAAACGAAAGUCGAAGAAGCCUGUGUUGGAGCCCAUACAUAACGCCGACAAAUCCACUGAGUCGUUCAUGACAGCACAUUCAUCAUUCAUUGGGCUCAAACAAGAAGGCAAAGCACUUCUCGGAGGCAGCUCAGUGUCUGACAGAGACGAUCCAUAUCGACGCGCACUGGCAGCCCACGGCCUGGUCGGAAACAAAUCCGAAGCAGAAGCUUCCUCAUCACCUCAUCGCCGACAAGGUUGGAUGGGCAGCAUUCGUCGAGCUUUAACAACAGCAAUGAACGAACGAAGCUUCAGCCUAACAAGUCAACACAAACACUCCCACGAAGAAAUGAUGGAACCUCGAACUUCCACCUCCUCUCCCACACGCUCCGACCGCGCAGUCCUCGGAAUCCAAAGCUCCCCUCGACGAGCGAUCUCCGAUGGUGGAGCGCUACUAAAACAAAAACGCGGCCAGAAAGACUGGGAUACUAUCCAUCCUUACAAAGAUGAUCCGGAACUUGAAGGUGACUGGGGAGAAGAAACUCGAACCUCACUCGAAGUCCGCGAAGCAGAGAACGAAUGGGAUGUUGAAGGUGCGGCUGCUAAACGUGAUGUACAAGUCAUGUUUACGGUUCCGAAAUCGAGAUUAAGGGUUGUGAAUGCGGAUGUUGAGAGGGCUAGUAUGCGGUCUGCGUCGGAUGGGGCGAUUAGUAGGAAGGAGAGUGCGUUGAGUUUGAACUCGAAAAAUCAACAACAAGGAGGUGGGAGUUUGAUCGGUGGGGGCAUGGCCACGAGCUCUACGGCUGGGGUUCUGGGGAGAGGAGGAUCGACGAGUACGACGAGGAGUCGGAGUGGUGGGACUUUGGAGUUGAGGGAGACGGAGUCGCAGAUGCAGGUGAGGAUGAGGGCUUUGUUGAGUUCGGGGAGUAGAGUUGAGGAGAGGGAGAGGGAGAGGAUGAGGAAGGCGAGAUGAUCUUGGCUUCUCUUUUGGAUGAGGGAAAUUGUAUAUGAUGGUGAUCAGGACAUUGGCUGAUCGAUCGAUAUGGGUGGCUUGAUGAUGAGAGCUUCGAGGAACGAAUUGGUGCCAGGGACAAGAAAAGGGCACAGCACAGAAUGAUUGUUUAGCGAAAGGUGCUUGGCGUUUUUCAAGACUGUAGAGGUAGCAAGCUUUACUUACCUUACCUUACUUUUGGGACCAGGAGGUUUAAGUCUGCUGGUGUAUAUAUAGAUGGGCC